UGAAAGCCCAAACCCGCCUCCCAUCAGCGGGCAGGGGAGUGUGACAUUUUUCAGCAUUUCAAGUCCUUCUGCCUGUGAGUGUGGUGGAAGCACAGCAUAUGCUCAAGAUGCAGGUGUGAUUGGUCAACAUAAAGUCGCCUGAGAAAACAACCCAGAGCAGGAGGAGGAAGAGGACAAUAUGGCUGCUUCUCAGGGACAGUUGACCUUCAGUGAUGUGGCCAUAGAAUUCUCUCAGGAGGAGUGGGCGUGCCUGGACCCAGCUCAGCGGAAACUGUUCAGGGAUGUGAUGUUGCAGAACUACAGGAACCUGGUAUUCCUGGGUGUGUCUAAGCCAGACCUACUCACCUUUUUGGAGCACAUGAAGGGGCCCUGGGAGUUGAAGAGGAAAAAGACAAUAUCCAGUCAGCCAGCUAUAUCUUCUCAAGUUAUUCAGGAUUUGUUGCCAAAGUCAGGUGUAGAAGUGUCAUUCCAGAAAAUGCUACAGAGUACAUAUAAUGAAGAGAGACGUCACCAAUGCAAUGAAUCUCAGAAAAACAUUAACCAAAGGUUAAAUUCUAAUAACCGUCAGAUAACUCAGCUUUCACAGAACAAUGAUAAAUGUCCGAAAGUCUUUGACAAAAGCUCAAAUAUUUUUAUACCUCAGAGUAUUCAUACUGUAGAGAAGACAGAAAGACUUAGUGAAUGUGCCAGGUCUUUCAACCAAUCAUCAAAUCUUACUGAACAUAAAAAUACUCAUAUUGAGGAGGUCUUUCAGUGUAAUCACUAUGUGAAAGUGCUUAGUCAGUCCUCUAAGUUAAAUAUACAUAAGGAAAUCCAUACUGCAGAGAAGCCUUACAAAUGCAAAGAAUGUGAUAAAGCCUUUAAGUGGCAUGCACAUAUUGUUUUACAUCAGAGAAAUCAUAGUGGAGAGAAGCCUUAUAAAUGUAGAGAAUGUCACAAAGCCUUCAACUCUUAUUCAAGCCUUAUUCGACAUCAGAGAAUUCAUCAUGGAGAGAAACCUUAUAAAUGUAAAGAAUGCGGGAAAGCCUUUAACAAGUGUUUAAGCCUUACAAAACAUCAGAGAAUUCAUUCUGAAGAGAAGUCUUAUAAAUGCAGAGAAUGUGGCAAAGCCUUUAGCCAGUGUUCAACUCUUACCCAUCAUCAGAGAAUUCAUACUGGAGAGAAGUCUUAUGAAUGUAGAGAUUGUGGGAAAACCUUUAACCAGAGUUCAAAUCUUACAAAACAUCAGAGAAUUCAUUCUGGAGAGAAGCCUUAUAAAUGUAGAGAAUGUGGUAAAGCCUUUACCUCUAGCUCAAAUCUUACUCAACAUAAGAAAAUUCAUUCUGGAGAGAAGCCUUAUAAAUGUAGAGAAGGUGGUAAAGCCUUUACCUCUAGCUCAAAGCUUACUCAACAUAAGAACAUUCAUACUGGAGAGAAGCCUUAUAAAUGUAGAGAAGGUGGUAAAGCCUUUACCUCUAGCUCAAAGCUUACUCAACAUAAGAACAUUCAUUCUGGAGAGAAGCCUUAUACAUGUAGAGAAGGUGGUAAAGCCUUUACCUCUAGCUCAAAGCUUACUCAACAUAAGAACAUUCAUUCUGGAGAGAAGCCUUAUACAUGUAGAGAAGGUGGUAAAGCCUUUACCUCUAGCUCAAAGCUUACUCAACAUAAGAACAUUCAUUCUGGAGAGAAGCCUUAUACAUGUAGAGAAUGUGGUAAAGCCUUUACCUCUAGCUCAAAGCUUACUCAACAUAAGAACAUUCAUUCUGGAGAGAAGCCUUAUACAUGUAGAGAAGGUGGUAAAGCCUUUACCUCUAGCUCAAAGCUUACUCAACAUAAGAACAUUCAUUCUGGAGAGAAGCCUUAUACAUGUAGAGAAGGUGGUAAAGCCUUUACCUCUAGCUCAAAGCUUACUCAACAUAAGAACAUUCAUUCUGGAGAGAAGCCUUAUACAUGUAGAGAAUGUGGUAAAGCCUUUACCCAGGGCUCACAGCUUACUAAACAUCAGAAAAUUCAUUCUGGAGAGAAACCCUAUAAAUGUAGAGACUGUGGCAAAGCCUUAACCCAGGGGUCACUUCUUACUCAACAUCAGAAUAUUCAUUCUGGAGAGAAGCCUUAUAAAUGUAGAGAAUGUGGCAAAGCCUUUAGUUGGUAUUCAGCCCUUUCUAAACAUCAGAGAAUUCAUAUAGAACAGAAACCCUGAUAAAUGUAGAGAAUGUGGCAAAGCCUAUAAAUUAUGUUCAAACCUUUCUAGCCAUUGGAGGAGUCAUACUAGAGAGAAGGCUU